GGUCACUUGAAAAUGACCGAAUAUAUCGGUUGAAACGUUGUGAUUACCAUUGUUAAUUUGCCAGAAUUGGUCGUGAAUAAAUGAAAUUAUUUAUUUUUACUUUAUUUCAUUUUAUUAUAUUUUAUGGUGUUUUUAUUUAUUUAUUUUUUUCUCCCUACUACGCAGUGAGAGGGGAUCACUGCAUUUUUGUUAUCAAAGAUAACACUGUGCGCGAUCCACCGGAACUCACUCUAGAAACGCGAAGUAUCGAUUUGUACGGUUUAGUUUGUGCAAACGAAUAAAGUAAAUAAAAAUGGAGAGAAGAACACGAUCGUUAAAUAUCACAGAGGAAAUUGGAUCGUUGCGCAUCGGACCAUACACAUUAACUUACUCGUAAAUAACCGUGUGUGGGUACGGUGCUGAAUGCGGAAAAGGGAGAAGAAGGACACGCAUCGAUGCCGACAGAGAGGAAACGAGAAGCUCGCGUGGUCCGCGGUAGCCAAUCACGCUCGUGGAUUGUGGUCCGACGUGAUGUCUAAGUAGGGGAAAGUACGACCAGCUGGUCGGAGCGGAGCGGAGUGGCGUGGCGCGCGCCGUUUUGUCACCGUUUAUCGCGUGAUCGUCUCGGUAAGGCGUGAGGCCGGGUGUACGUUUUGUUGUAGCGCGUCUCAUCGCCGUAACCUGCUUCAUGUUGUCUAUUAACUGGGCGCAUGUUUCAGCAGCGUGAUAAGAGAAAGAAAAGUUCGUUGGACGUCCUCCACUCUCGACACGCCUAAAGAAAAUAGAAAAGAAAAGGAUAGAAGUGCAGUAGGUGGAGCAUAGAGGAGAGGUUACGCGGCGCCGAGAGUACCUACCAGUUCCGUUGUGCACGAUGCGCUGUACGUGAGCGUGGCUUUUCAUUGAUCCAGCAGCUUCUCGUUAGCUCUUCGUUGAUCAAACGACGACGACGGCCGACGACGCCGUGAUCCUCCACCGUUUCGAAGGCCUCGCACUUCUUGCACGGGGUGAAAACUCGAGUUGUCAAAAGUGCCUAGAAAAACUCGUCCAUCGCGAUCGCGAUCUGUCAUCCAUCUCUAGGCGUACAAUCGCGACACGACCGACUGUUUCCGCUUUUCUCCCAGUGACAGCUACGUGCUCGUGCACAUCCCGACGUCGAAUUGCAGAAUGAACUACGGGGAUAUGUCGAACGUCGAUCCUGCCAGAAGCCUGCGCAGGAUUGCCCGGCAUGACGAGCCAGAGUUCAGCAAUGCCAGCAUCCUGAACAGCAUGGAGAAGUUCGUGCGCACUGUAAGCGAGAUGGAGGACACGAUCUUGGUGCCAAGUCGCCUACUGGACUUGUCCGUAGGUGACGCGGGCGAUGCGAUCUGCACGAAGGGCAAACGCGGCAGCACAGUGAAGGACACUUUGGCCAACACUGACCUAUACCGGCUCUACAACAUCAUCAAUCAGAUGAAGACCGAACUGCUGUGGUCGCAAGAACCGACGCGUGGCAUCCAGAUGGACGAGCAGGCGCUGAAUAGGAGUCACCCGGUCGGUAGUCCCGGGUCUACUGAGCUGACCCAUCAUCAUCCUGUGGCCGGCGGCAGGCUGGGUCACGUGCGUUGCCCGAGCACUACAUCAAUGCAGAGCGUGCAAAGCGCAUCCUCGAUCGUCUCUACGUCGGAUUCGGACUCCGAAGUCGGUAUCGAGAUCGAUAGCGGCCUCGAGGGUGAGGAAUGCCCCGCCAAUCUUGCGAGCAUCGCUGCCGAGAACUUUAGACGUCAUUUGCGGGGUCUUCACCGCAGCAUCGCCCGCAUGACGGAGGCCGCCGAGUAUUUGACGUUGCGGUACCAGGCCGACGUGGGCGGGCAAGUCUGAUUUGCCACCGCUGCCAUCGCCAUAGUCAUCGCCGCUUGCACCUUGCAUUGAUCGUAUCAAUUGGUCAAAUCGCGUGCGGACGUCCGCGCGUUUUCCUCGUAGUCAAUUUCGUGGACUUUGUUAUGCUGGCUUUAUAGAACCCAGCGGACCCUCGCCAGGCACACAGGGUAGAAGCUCGCGGAGUGAUGGAACACAGAUUACGAACAUCGCCCCAAGUUUCCCCCGGAUGAGUGUGGGCCGCCGAGUGUCAUUCUCCGAGGAGGAAGUUAUGUGGGUCCAUAUGCCGAGUUUAUGGACAGAUGAAGUUACGUAGUUUCGGUAUAAUACAUAUUGUAUAUUCGGGAGGCGAUAAGUCAUUGUCGGUUAUGUAAAGUUGCGCUCGUGAACAAAAACCUAUCGAUUCUCAAAUAAAGUCGAAAUCCGUGAUAUCCGUAAACAUCUCUCAACCCUCCUUCCUUAAAGGAAAAAAGAGAAAAGUGUAAAUUAUGGAGAAAAAUAUAUCAGAAUUAGAACGCACCGAGAAGUAGCUCGUGUAUUGUAUAUAUUGUUAUUCAUUGUUACACGAUAGGAUGUGAUUUGUGAUUUAUGUAAGUCAUCACUCAUGGCUAGUGAUCUGUAUUCGGAUUAUGGUGGAAGACCUUUAAAUUAUUGUAAAUACAGUUACAUCGAAGGAACAAGUCGCGGUUAAGUGAGGUUGUACAAAUUAUGUAUCCGCUGAUUCAUACGAGCGCUGAUAGAUAAACGAAAAUUAUGUCGCAUCGGAAAACUUUGUCGAACUUCCUCUUUUUCUUCUGUGAGCGUAUUAUUAGUAUAUCGAAUGUAUUCAUAUAUUCGAUGUCGCAGCGGCGAUUGACAUUGACAUGUAAAUAUAUAUACGUAAUGCUACCAUUAUUUAUUUCUAUGGCUUGUAAAGUUAAUAAAAACUGUCAAACUCGAUAUUAAUUCAUAAGUUAUGCGAAUUGCAAAUGCAUGCCGAUCAUUCGCGGCGAAUCGUCGAGAAGAACGGCGAAAAAUCUUUUAAACGAGAGACUAGAAAUUACAGAAAAAAGAUAAAAAAAUCAUGUGCGAAGGAAUAUUGUAAGUUACGUGCAAAAUUAUUUAUUAAAGUGACAAAGAAGAUGGCAACAUAUAUAUAUAUAAUUCGUAAUAAAUGGUACACUGUUCAGAGGGUACGUGUUUUUUAGUCCUACAUAUGUAUUAUUGGACAUUUGUUUCUUCUACAUUUAAAAUAAUAUUUGUUUUUGUUCUUCAUUUAUAUAUGCAAUGUGCGCAUAAAAGUGUGUAGAGUAUACAUGUGAUUAUAAUACGUAUAGUGCCAUACCUGUUAGAAAUACAUUUCGCCGCAUUCCAAAAAAUUAUAUACGUACAGUACGAACGAUUUUGGCUAAAUAUGAUCAAUCAAAUCUGUACGCGCUUUCUUUUUGUCGAGUGAACAAAAUAUUUUCCUUGAUGAGCCCUCUAAAAUAUUCGUAUUUCCUUUUUAUGCCUUUUGUGAUUACAGUUCUCUCGUACACAGAUGAUUUAUCUCGGUAAAGUUAAUAAUUUUAUAUUCAUUCCCGUGCGCGAGUUACAUGAUUGGUAAUUCUCACGAGAUACCUAAAGCAGGGAUUCUCAAAUAAUAUCACGUGUAUCAUCAUGAAAAAUAAAGAAAAUAAAAGCAGUUAAUCGAAUAUAAUAUGAUAUCCUGCUUGACAACAACAAUAAUUGACGUCACUCUCAUUUGGUACAUUCCGGAUGCGAAAACUUUUACUUCGGUAUUCCGAAGUAUUUGAGAAUUCCUGAACUUAUGUAAAGUUGCGUAAAUUGUGAUUAAUUACGUAAAUGGUAAUCAACGCAUGUAUAGAGAGAGUAACCAUUAGUUAAUGAACGCUGUUGAUGAUAUCGCAGUUGAUGCAUUCUUUGCGCGGAAUCAUCAUUGUAACUGAACAAUUGGCAAUGUUGGAUAUUCUUAUGUAAAUAAAUUGAUGGAAAAAUCGA